CCUCCUGCUCUCCGUCCAGUUCCUCCCGUUUACAAGGAUUGAUAGCGGCCACUAGAUGUGCCAAUGAGCCUAUUCUCAUCCAGAGUAAAUGUCGAGCGCUGCACAUCCCACCUUGUCUGGCCACCACGAUUCAUGAUAAACCACAGCACGCACACAGAUCCUCCUCAGAUUUCGUUCCACCCUUCAUCCUCCACGAUUCCACAUGGAGAUUGAGACUGCGGAGAAUGUAACGGAGCGGAGAGGCUUUAUAAAGAGACCUGGUAACACAACGGUUGUUAUUCGUGCGGGGUACUCUGUCAUUUGCGACAUUAAAGACCGCCUGGGUGUGGUGCUCAAGGUACCUUUACCCUUCGAGGAGUUUAAGCAAGCCAUGGAGAUUGAAAAGCGGGUGUAUCGCCGUCUAGGGAAGCACCCAAACCUACCUAAUGUUGUAGACAUGAAUGAGUAUGGCAUUUACCUCAAACGAGCAGAGUCUAGAUGCCUCCGACUGUACUACAAUAAAGGAGGCAAGGCCACGCCUGAAGAGAGGAUUAAGUGGUGUCAAGACGUUGCCGAAGUACUCAACUACGUCCAUGAGAACAACAUCCGUUACGCUAACCUAUCUAGGAAGAAUUUGUUAAUAGAUUCGGCACGGAAUAUUCUUCUCUGCGAUUUUGAAGUUGUUGCCGAAAUUGGUUUCUGGCAUCCUGACGAGCGAGAAUACCCCGCCUACCAUCCGAAACCUUUUCACGAGAAAAUAGAGGAGCAGGAGUGCGAGGUUGAGAAACUUAUAAAGGAGGGAAAGUACCCUAACGUGAGCGAACUUCCGCUCGGGGAUGUGAUAGUUAAGUGUUGGAAACGCGAGGGCUACUUCAAUUUAGCGGCUGAUGUGGCUGAAGAGAUUACCUAUUCUAGUAUUCUUCCCCUUGCCAGGAACUCGUCUGGUUGUUCCUCUAACAAGGACUUGUCCAAUCAUUCCUCUAGCAAGGACUCACCUAGCAUUUUCUCUGAAUCGAUGGCGAACUAA